AACUUUUUCGCCGAGUCGGCCGCAACUUCGGAUUCUCCUCUCCAGCAUGAACACGCCCCUUCCCCCUUCCUACGGUCAAUUCCGCCUCUCACUCGUCGUCGCGCUCUUUGCACUCGGGAUCAAGAUGCUGCUCGACCGAACCAAAGCAGCGUCGUCAGACGACGCCGACGCAGCCGCAAAGGCCACCACUACCACCGUUAUCACCACUCCGCGCAGCCUCAGUAGCGGAAGGUUGACGCCCCGGAAAGGCGCGGUCCACGUGGUGGGCGGAACGGACGACGACGAGGACGCGGAGAUUCCGCGCGCGCGCGCGGAGAAGUGGUCGCUGGCGGACGUGGCGGAGGCCACGGCUCAGUUCGCGCAGGAUCGCGUGAUCGUGGCGGAGGGGCAGAGCGUGGUGCUGCGCGGGAGCGCGCGCGACGGGCGCGACGUCGCAGUGAAGCGGUGCAAGCAGCCCCAGCCCGAGACCCAGGCGAUCUUUCUCCGAGAGGUGAUGCUAAUCACGAGUUUGCGCCAUUCCAACCUGCUUCCCCUCGUGGGCUACUGCGACGAAGGGACCGAACAAAUCCUCAUAUUCGAGCACAUGAAGCACGGCUCGCUCGCUUCCUGGCUGCGCCCGCCUGCAGAUGCCGCUGAGUCCCGACCGCCACUCACGUUUGAGCAGCGGGUGAGGAUCGUUGCUGACGUGGCACGCGCGGUGGAAUUCCUGCACUCGCAGCCCAAGCCGAUCGUGCACAAAGACAUCAAGACCGAAACCAUCCUGCUGGACGAGAAUUUCAAUGCGAAGCUGGGAGGGCUGGGAACGCGCAAGCACCUGCCGGGGGAGUCGAGCCACGUGCGUGUGCAGCGGAGGAAGGGAUAUCUGGACCCUGAUUACUGCCAAACCUUUGUCGACACUGCCAAGGCCGAGAUUUUUGCGGUUGGAGUUGUCCUCCUCGAGCUUAUAACGGGUCGACCACCAGUGGUGGAAGAAGAGGUGGUGGCCAAGGCUGGUCGAAACACCGUAAAGAUUGUUACACUUGCCCAAUGGGCAAUACCCAAGAUCAAGGAUGGAAACUACGGGUUGAUAGUGGAUGAACGGAUGGAAGAGUACCCUGCUGACAAGCUGGCGAUCCUGACAAAGAUUGCUUCACAGUGUCUUAACCCUCUCCGCGGAAAUCGGCCUGAUAUUGGACCGGUGGUCGCCUGGUUGAGUGAUUUGUGCAGCUCUGAUGCUGCUGUUCUCGAGAAGCUUAACUCGGUGUUCAAAUAG